GCCGUUGCUUUAGAAAUUUUUUUAUUUGCUUCGUGUUAAUCAGAGAGUGUUGUGUUUAUAAAUAGUUUUAUAGUUGUUAGUUAUACAGUAUUGUAAUUGUUGGCUUUUGGAUGAGAAAUUUGUGAAUUUUUUUGACUUAGAUGUGAUUGUUGGUGAAUUUCUUUAACUAUUGGAUUUUUUUUUUAUUAAUUGAAAAGGGCACGCGAUACCACGAUAUCAGAACAAAACGACAAUGAGGGGACAAAUGAGAAAAUUGACAGUGUCAAGCGUUCUGUUAAUUUUGUCAAUUCUAACGGGGAUUGUUAACUCGAUCGACGUCGCUCCAGUUAAACCUACGACUAAAGAUCCUGUUCCAACAAGUUCAUCAGCCCUAAAACUCGAAGCAAGAUCUGACCCGCUCGAUAAUGAGUACGACAGUGCAACAGCGACAGCGAUACUGAAUUCAACCUCUACUUCUUCCAAUAUUUUUCCGGUUUAUCCGAGAUCCAACGAUAAGUCGAGCCUAUCUGAUCAAACUGUGAGUCUAAAUACCAAAGAUACUUAUCUGCAGGCGCUGGAGCACUCCCACUCAAGUAAAGAUCCACGUGAAGGCAUUGUCAAAGUUGACUCAAGGCCCAAGAGCACUAAAUUUGUCCGUAGGACUUACGAAGGCCCUGUUUACCGGCCCGAGUAUGGUCCACCGUCAGAUAAUACCAAUCCGCGAAUCGUUCAUGGAACCAGCCAAGAAUAUCCGUCCCAGUCGUCAAAUGAGUUGUAUUCAUUGCCGGCUCAGCAGACUCAAUAUGGCGCACCAGCAGCUCCACAGACUAAUUAUGGUGCUCCUAGUAGCAGUUAUGGGACUCCUAGUAGCAGCUAUGGUGUUCCUAGUAGCAAUUAUGGAACCCCUAGUAACAGUUAUGAUGUUCCUAGUAGUAGUUAUGGUGCUCCUAGUAGCAGUUAUGGCACUCCUAGUAGUAGUUAUGGUACUCCUAGUAGUAGUUAUGGUCCUCCUAGUACUAGUUAUGGAUCUGUUCAACCUCAAAAUUCUUAUGCACCGUCAAAUAGUUAUUUACCAGCUAAUGGACCUACGCAAGGUGAGGCUCGAGGAUAUGGAAGUGGAUGGAAUGGGUAUGCACUACCCCAACUGAUGCCAGCGAUCGAUUUCUCCUGGCCAUUUGCAUUGAAAUUAAACGCCUUCACUAUUGCUAAAAUACUUUUGAAAUUAGUAAUAUUCAAAAUGAUCGUCAAAUUUAUAGCCGUUAUAUGCCUAUUAUUAUUUAUCCCCAAGCUGGAGAUGAAAAAUAACGACGAUGACAGCGAUGAUGAUGAAAGUCGUGUGUUUAAAUCUACUUCUGCUCUUGAGCGCCUUAAUUCACUUACGGCAACUGUCUUAGAUUCAAUUGACGAAUACAAGGUCAAUAAUAAUAACAACAAUAACAACAACGAAAAAAGCAUCAAAAGUAAAAACUGCAAUGAUUUAAGCUGCCGUUUGAAGAAAAUUUUAUUAGCAAAUGAAUCAUGGAGUAGUUACAUAAAUUUAUUCAAAAAUUACGUUGCUGAAGAAAAAUACAUGAGUACUGAUAGUAAAACAUAAUUAAGUUAUUGUUAUUAGCUUUUAUUUAUUAUUUAUUAUUAUUU